AUGUUGAGGACCUCGGCACCUCCCACGGUGGCCAGGUACAGCACGUCGCUGGUGCUGAGCUUUUCGAAAUCGUUCUCGGACUUCAUGACCAAGUGGUUCGAAACCAAAAGCGCAUGCUUGGCCACUUGUAACACGGAAGGAGUGAAUCCACCCGAGCAAUCGGUUCCCAGACUGACCUUGACGUUGCUGUUGAGCAGCCAUCUGAUUCUGGCCUCUCCAGAAGUGAUGGAGGAGUUUGACGUUGGACAGUGCGACACUCCGCUGCCGGUCUGGGCCAAAAGGUCUUUUUCGUGGUCCGACAAAUGGAUACAGUGGGCCAGAAUGGUCUUUGGUCCGAGCAGACCAGACUUGUGA